AUGAUGGUCGUUCCUCAAUCUCAAGCCGUGUCAACUGAAUCGAAAAUGGAAUUAGAUAAAAACAAACAGAAUUACAUCCAAAUUCUAACUCUAUCGAAACGCUUAUCCGAUCGAUAUUCAGCAAAUCAAUCUCUACAGAAAAUCUUCAAUCCUGAACCAUGUCGUUUACGUGACAAGUUCAAACAUAUGUGCGAAACAUUGUUACUCGACGAUCCGAUUGAUUAUGGACUGAAAAUCAUCGAUCUUCUUUGGCGAAAAGCUGCUUACGAACCUAUUCAAGUAUUCAAACGACACCGGCAAGAUUCCGACGAAUCGGUGGUGAAAGAAAGUGAAAUAAUGUACCGAAUGCAUCUCUUGGCAAUCUUUGGAUUUUAUUCGAAUUUAUUAAUGAAAUUCGCUGCGCUGAUCAAACCGUAUCGAAAUCUGAGUCAUUUCUUCGACUUUAUUCAAUUGUUUAAUGAUAAUAAAUCUGUAAACAUGAUCACGACAAUGAAAACGGACAAUCUAAUCGAAUCAUUGCUAAAACUCAUUCACAAAUGUCUAAUUUGUUUGGGUGAUAUCAGUCGUUAUCUAAGUGAAUACGAUGGUUGUACACAAACAGCUGAGAAGUAUUACACUAUGGCAGUACUUCUUGAUCAUGAAGUUGGGAUGCCGUUGAAUCAGUUGGGAACGUUGUGCGGUCGAUCGAAUAGUAAUUGUGAUGCGGCUUUUUUCUAUUUGCUUUGUUUGAGUACUGCACAUCCAUUCGAGGGUGCUAAGGAUAACUUACAGAUGCUCUUCGAGCGCAAUGAGAAACGUUUUCAAGAAUUAAGCAAACAACAUGGCAGAAAUCGAAAUGAAAACUUGACUAAUCGCGAUAUUCGUCGUUUUCUCGUGGAAUUCUUACAUGUAACUCACCAAUUACUUGAAUCAAAUAAUAUCGGGCAAAUUCAAGACUGUGGUCAGCAAACAUUGAAUGAUUUCAAUGCUUGUAUGUUUUCUCAAAAUGAUUCGAUCCUUUCGCCGGAACUGAUCUUUAAACUAUUGUCGAUAUCGAUGAUACUUGUGGAUCGCAUUCAACGCACCCGAAGUCGAACAGUGAAACAACCGAUACUUUUUGCUGGAAUAGCUUUUGCUAUUGCGCUAUUUUCCCAUGUGGUUAACCAUACGAUCAUUCGACUACAAAAUGCUUUUUAUCAGUUGCAUGAUGUGCGUACAAAAACGAACGAGACCGAUUCGGAAGAGGAAGAAGAACGUCGACAGGCAGAAGCUAAAGAAAAGCGACGGCGAAUGAAAAUGGUCUUGUCGCGACGUCGCCGACGAAGUGCAUCAUCAUCAUCGAAUGGAAGUGAUCAAAGCGAUGGUUCGCUUUCCAACGAACGAGAUCCACGACGAGAUGAUUCGUCCGAUGAUUAUCACUCUGAGGAUGAAAUACCAGAUUAUCUCUCCGGAGGUUCAUCGUCGGACGAAAAUGACGAAAUCAAACAGGUAAUUCGCGAUGAAAAGGACAAAGAAGCUGAAGAAUUGGCAAUCAAAGUUGCGCUCGAAGAAUUUAUGGAGAAAAUCAAACAAAGCGGUGCUGUUUUUCAAAAUGCAAACGAUUCUCAAAUACCACAAACGUCACUCUUUUCAUUUACUGAUCUCUCCACUCAUCUGUUCGCAGCAUUUGCAUUACAAGAUGGUGCAUCGCCACUUUUCCUCGAUCAAAAUGCUUUCGAUGAAGAUCCGUACUCCAUGUCGAUGUACAGCUAUGACCAACCGUACAAAUCGAUUCUAGUAGGAAAUAAACAAAUUAACGUACCGCCAGGAUUCGAACAGAAUAGAGAUGCACUUGCUGCAGCAGAGAUCGAACAGAAAAUGGCCGAAUUUCCACUGGAACAUAUUGUGGACAAUGCAACUAAUGACGACGAUGACGAAGACGAAGACGAAGACGAAGAUAACAACGAUCAUGCCACUCGAUAUCAUGGGACAAAAUUAAUAAUUGAACUCUUAGAAAACGAAUAUCUUUUAUCUGCAAUAAAAAUCUUCUGUGAUUGGCUCGCUGGCAACAAACGUCUUCUUCAAAUGCUUUUACCGAUCUCUCAGGGUUUAUGGUCGAAACUAGCUUUACUACUCAACUUCCUCCCCCAUGAACGUGACAUUAUCAGAAGUGGCCUAGUUUCUGUCAAUUCGUCGAUUCAUCCGCUGCUGAGUAAAUUCGUUGAAACAAAAGUUUUUGUUUUCCCACCACCCAUGCUUGACGAGGACAUUCAACUGCGAGCAUUUCAAGCGUUGAAAGUCGAUCGGAAUCAUUUGAAAUUGAACUUAAACCAAUUAUCAUCAUUAAGCAAAUUUGAAUCAACAAUUAUUCGUAUAUGUUCCCUUCGACGAUUUGGUUAUUACGUUUCAUCACUUCUGUCCAAUUCACAAUUUAGUUACGAUAAUAAUAAGCUGUCCUUCGUUGCUGCGAUGGUUCCAUCGGAACAAGCGCCAGUAGAAGCAUCUGCAAGUAAAACAGCCGAUCCGAUUGCUGAUGAAGAACGAAAAUCGCGUCUAAUGCGCGAUAUGGCAGCACUUCGUUUACAAGCGGAAAUUAGUCAAUUGGAAAACAGUUUAAAGAACGAAGAGUUCUCUCUCCCGCCUUAUCUCGUCAUCGAUUCAUCAGUUUUAUGUACAAAUUUGAAUCUAAUACAACAGUUCGUCCAAUCACAACGCUUCAUCAUUGUCAUUCCACUCGUCGUGAUUGACAUUCUUGAUGAACUGAAGAAAGAACAACGUGAAGCACGUGAUGCGAUCCGUUGGCUUGAAACACAAUUUCGACUUGGAAAUAGAUUCAUUCGGACACAAGCUGCUCAUGAACGAUUAAACAAUCCGAGCAAGAAAAAAACGCAUAAAAACAAAGAUUUCUGCCGCUUUCAAGAAAUUCUCGAUUGCUGUCUUUAUUUCUCUCAACAAAGUAAUCGUGAUAAGCAAUCAUCAGCACCACCGACAGCAAAUAGUUCCCUAUCAACAGCAAAUGUACUUACCGCCCGAACAUUAACCAAUAAAGAACAACAGACCGUAGAUAAAGAAGGUGUUACUAUCCAACACAUCGAUGAUUUUCAUCGACGUUGGAAGCAAUCAACACCAGAGAAAUAA